AUGGGGAGGCCCCCAGACCUUGACGAAGCAGCAGAAGCGAUAGCUCACCUAUGUGUAGACUCCACCUUUCCUUGUCUUCUCAACUGCAGGUGCUCGCUGCAUGCAGAUAAAAAACACCAGCAGCAGCAGCAGCAGCAGCAGCAACAGCAGCAGCAGGUUGCGGGGCUGCAGCAGGAUGUACACUCCACGGAUUUCAAUGAACUCAGUGGCGAUGAUGCUGCUGCUUCACAUGACACACAACAGCAGCAUAUACAGCAGCAGCAGCAACAGCAGCAGCAGCAGCAGCAACAGCAGCAGCAGCAGCAGCAGCAGCAGCAACAGCAACAACAGCUGCAGCAACAGAUGCAGCAGCAACACAUGCAACAGCAACAGCAGCAGCAGCAGCAACAGCAGCAACAAAUCCAUCAGCAUAACGCCCAACUCUCAGCUGCUCCAACCGCAAUGCCAACAGCACCCGCACCAGCAGCAGCAGCAGCAGCAGCAGCAGCAGCAGCAGCAGCAGCAGCAGCAACAGCAGCAGGAGUACCGCAGCAGCAGCAACACCCAGGCAGCUUUAACGAGACAGAGAUUCUAGCAGCAGCUCCUGCGCUGCCGACGUUCCCUCAAGGUGUGCAGCUAGACAAGAGCAGCAGCAGCAGCAGCAGCAGCAACAGCAGCAGCAGCAGCAGCAGCAGCAGCAGCACAGUCUGCUGCUCGGACUUCUUGCUGCAAGGCAAGGGGGAGAACCCUGACGAGCUGCUGCUGCUGCAGAGCAUGACCCGCGCUACAACAGCAACAUCAGCAGAUGCAGCAGCAGAUGCAGCAGCAGAUGCAGCAGCAGAUGCAGCAGCAGAAAGACCACUGGUCACCACCAACAGCAGCAGAUCAAGCGCAACAGGAGGAUUCGAUGAGGAGACAAACAACAGCAUUGAAGACACAGACGCAUGCACCUUGUCCUUCUCUCCUGCUGCUGCAGCAACUCCUGCUGCUGCUGCUGCUGCUGCUGUUGCUGCUGCUGCAGCAGACCCUGCAGCUGCAGCUGCUGCUGCUGUUGCUGCUGCAGAGCCAGUUGCAGCUGCAGCAGCAGCAGCAGCAGCAGAACCUGUUCACAGCUACACAGGAGAAAAGCAGAUCGUGUCUCCUCUGAUGCCUUCUGCUGCAGCAGCAGCAGCAGCAGCUGCUGCUGCUGCUGCUGCUGCUGCUGAUCAGCAGCAGCAGCAGCAGGACCCAUCCUGCUGCUCUUUCACAGCAGAGGUGAGAGCCUGCAGCUCUGCCUGUAUAUAA